UUUCAGUUUUAAUUUAAGAUUGAAUUCACUCUGUGUGAGACUGCCCUUCGAAAGAUUUAACGCGUUUGUUGUAACUCACUUCUGGAUCCGGGAUGAGUUACGACCGAGCGAUCACCGUCUUUUCACCUGACGGUCACCUGUUUCAAGUAGAAUACGCGCAAGAAGCAGUGAAGAAAGGUUCUGCAGCGGUGGGCGUGCGAGGUAAAAAUAUUGUUGUCCUCGGCGUGGAGAAGAAAUCCAUAGCUAAACUCCAAGAUGAGCGAACGGUACGCAAAAUCUGUUCCCUGGAUGACCACGUCUUCAUGGCUUUUGCAGGCCUUACAGCUGAUGCCAGGAUUGUCAUAAACAGAUCUCGUGUGGAGUGCCAGAGCCACAGACUUACAGUAGAAGACCCUGUUACAGUGGAGUACAUUACACGCUUCAUCUCCAGUCUCAAGCAGCGUUACACACAGAGUAAUGGUCGCAGACCUUUUGGUAUUUCCUCUUUGAUUGUGGGCUUUGACUUUGAUGGCACUCCGAGAUUAUAUCAGACUGACCCCUCAGGAACAUACCAUGCAUGGAAGGCUAAUGCAAUUGGACGGUCUGCAAAAUCUGUUCGUGAAUUUCUUGAGAAAAACUACAAGGACGAAGAAAUGGAGUCAGAUGGAGAAGCAAUAAAGCUUGCUAUUAGAGCUCUGCUAGAGGUAGUUCAGAGCGGAAGUAAAAACCUUGAAUUAGCAGUGAUGAGAAAAGGGGAAACUUUAAAGAUCCUACAACCACAAGAAAUAGAAAAAUAUGUCUCUGAAAUUGAGAAAGAGGAUGCCGAAAAGCAAAAGAAGACAAUAAUUUGAAACAUUAUUUUUUAUGUGGCCUUCUAAAGAAGCAGAGCACUUCAGGUCCAAUAUUUCCUACAUACUUUGAAAUAAGAUCAAAUAUUUGUUUAUAUUUGGAUUUUUGGUACCAGGUAAAAUAAUAAUGCUGUAAACUGCCACAAUGGCUUUCAGAUUUUCUGGUCAUGCAGAUGUUGCAAGAUAAGACUCAUUUCCUAAAUACAAAUGAAAACUACUCCAUUUUAUUAUUAAUCAAAUUAAUCUGUGACCCAUAUUUAAUCAUAUUUCGGUGAAUGCAAUAAUAAAAUAUUUUGCAUAAUUUUUAA